AUGGGGAAUGGAGCAUGUCACUAAUAAGUUCCUUCUAUAGAUGAAGUAAAUUUAGUAGCUCGAAACUUAAAAAAUUAAUUUGAGCCAUGCAAUAGUUAAUGUGUUUUACCACUUUUGAAUUCAUAAUCUUAAAGUCCAUCCAAGCCUAGCAUCGAAUCAAAGAACCCAACCAUCGCUAGAUUAGACGAGGAAGAAUUUGAAAUAUUGAUGACCAAUGAAGACAAGGAGGAUCACGAUUUAUCGCCUAUCAGACCAAGUAAAUUGUCUAGAGCGUAGUCUCCCACUAAACCUAUCAAAUCUAAACAUCAUUAUAAGAAGGAAGAGAUUUACUUUUUGGAAUUGCUUAAGCAAGAUAAAACAACUAUCACCAGGAGAAAAUCCGCAGAUAGAUAACUAAGUCCUGUCAAAGUCAUACAUUCAAAUCAUUAGAAGAAGCAUAACACUGCAUUAUUGAUCCACAGUCCUGAUCAGAGAUCCAACUAACUUAUCAAAAUGACUAGGUUGUCGUGCCAACUUGAUGAAGCAGUUAUUUUAUCUCUAGAACCUAAAUCCAUUCUGAAAUCUAUAGGAUCUGAAAAAUCCCUAUCAAACUCCCAAAAGAGUAAGACCAAUAGUUAAAAGAAAGUCAGAUUUGGCAUGGUUUAUCGAUAGUACAAGUGA